AUGUCGACCGGCGGCCGCGACGUGGAGCCCCGGGCCGAAGCAGACGCGAACGGGGCCCAGCCGGACUCCCCCGUCGGCGCGCGGGCAGAGCACCAGCGCGGGAGCGGCUCCCAGAGCAGCGGCGUGGUCACGACGGACGUGCCGGCCGCGGCGGGCGCGGGAGAGGUGUGCGUCGACCUCGAGAGAGAGGACACGCUGCCCACCGCGCCGGAGAAGACCAUUCUAUGCGACGGAGAGACCUACAUAAAAGAGCGCGAUGAGAAGAACCCUUUCAAACACAGGACCGACCUGUACGGGAAGGCGAUGAACCUCGUCUGGAACGACUGGUACAUCCCGAAGCGCGACAUUCCUCGAGAGAGCCUGGCCGGGCUGGCGGUGGGCCUCUCUGUGCUUCCGGAGGUCGUCGCGUUCGCGCUCGUCGCCGGAGUGCCCCCCGCAAUGGCUAUCCACACCUCGGUGAUCCUCGCAGCCGUGGGCGUCGUCACGGGGGGCCGGCCGGGCCUCGUACAGGCUGCGUCCGGCUCUAUCGCGGUCAUUUCAAAGGACGUCGUGGCGGACCACGGCGUCCCGACGCUCUUCUACGCCGUCCUCGUCUUCGGGUUCAUCCAGCUGGCCAUCUCGGCCUUCGGGGGCGGCAAGCUCAUCACGCUUGUGCCCCACCCCGUCAUGAUCGGAUUCGUCAACGGCCUCACCGUCAUCAUUGCGCUCGCACAGGUCCGGGCGUUCAAGGCCACACAGGACAUCCCCGACGACAUCUGUUUCGUGCCGGGCGAGACCGACGCUGGGACCUCGCGACGCGGGCUCCUCCAGCUCGGAGGCUUCCAGGUGUUCGAUGACGGGCGCACGUGGGUCGAGCCGAGCGAGGCGGGGUGGAUGCUGUUCAUCGUCGCGGUCGUCGUCGUGACGAUGAUCAUCCACAAGUACCUCUGCGGCAACAAGAAGUUCGGCCGGUACCUGAACGUGUUCCCAGCGUCGCUCGCGGCGAUCGUCGUUGCCAUCGUGGUGGAGUUUGCCAUCGUGCGGCCGGCGGGCGGACGCACCAAGUCGAUCGGGGACAUCGCGAAGGUCACGGGCGACCUGUACAAGACCACGUGGCAGGAGUGCGACAUGCCGCAGUUCUUCGACGAGCUGCCGAACAUCAUCGUGCCGGCGCUGACGAUGACCGCGGUCGGGCUGAUGGAGACGCUGAUGACGCAGCAGAUCAUGGACGAGUACACGAGCAUGCGGACCAACUCCAACCGCGAGGUGUUCAGCCAGGGCGCGAGCAACGUCGUGGCCGGGAUGUUUGCCGGCAUGGGUGGGUGUGGUAUGAUUGCCCAGUGCAUGGUCAACCUGCAGUCGGGCGGGUACCGCCGCCUGUCGACCUUCGUCGCCUUCCUCCUCCUCCUCCUCGUCGACACCGUCGCGUACGAGUUCAUCAACGUCGUCCCGCUCGCGUCCCUCGCGGGCGUCAUGUGGGUCGUGACGACCCAGUCGUUCUUCUGGCACUCGUUCAAGCUCAUCUGGCUGUCCAUCCACCCGCGCAAGUGGCGCGAGCGCUACUACGCCGCGGGGCACCAGAAGAUCAACCGCGUCGACGUUCUCGCGAUCGUCGUCGUCACGCUCAUGGUCAUCUUCACCAACAUGGCCCUCGGCGUCGGCGUCGGCAUCGUGCUCUGCGCCCUCGGGUUCGCGUGGAAGUCCGGGCAGAACCUCCGCCUCCUGAAGCGCGAGGAGUUCACCGACGGCAAGGGCCGCGUCGUCCGCGCCGUGUACGAGUUCUCCGGCCCUCUGUUCUUCGCGUCGGCCAAGCGCUUCCAGGACUACUUCGACCGGCGCACCGACCCGCCGAUGAUCGAGAUCCACUGCCGGGAGAUGUCGCUGAUGGACUUCUCGGCGCUGGACGCCAUCAACCACCUCGCGGGGGCGUACCGCGAGCUCGGGAAGGAGGUGCACUUGCGGUACGUGCGGGAGGAGUGCAUGGGGAUGUAUAAGAAAGCGGAGGACAUGAUGGCGCACGUGGCGAGCGUGGAGACGUACACCGUGCGCCGGACGAUCGAGGACCACGACGCCCCGAUCGAGGAGGACUACAUGGAGCACUACAAGGACCGUAUUGUGGCCUGA